AAAAGGAUUCUCAAGAUGGACAGUCCUGCUACUGUUGAGCACUACAAGGCUGGCAUGCUGCUAAGCGGCGUUGGAGAUGCUAUCGGCUUCAGGUGGGAGUUCGACUAUUCCGGGCCGGCCAUCCACGAGGCUGUAAAGAAGCUCGGCGGACUGAAGAACAUCACAGUGGAACUGCACGACUGGCCAGUUAGCGAUGACACUGUCCUCCACCUGGCCACUGCUGAAGCUUUAGCAACAGGAAAGGAAGGUGAGGAGCUUCUGCAGGAAGUGGCAUUACGUUAUGUGGAAGGGAUGAAGGACAUGAAGGGGAGGGCACCAGGAGGUUGUACCACCGCUGAAUGGAAUGAUCAGAGGCAGCUGCACACAAGCCUAAGGUAUCUUGAAUUGAGAGGCUUGUCAUCUGGGACCGGGCCCGUAGUCUGGCCUGACCCGUAUGGGCCAGCUGAACGAGACGAGGCAUAUAAAAGCUUCAGUUGGAGUGGAUGGGGAGGAAGCAGCGGCCAUGACGCCCCAAUGAUAGCUCUGGAUGCCCUUCUGGGGGCCGGCUCAAACUGGGAAGAGCUAAUGAACCGAGUGGCAUUUCAUGGAGGAGACAGUGACAGUACUGCAGUGAUCGCCUGCUGCUGUUGGGGUUUGCUGUAUGGAACAGAGGGAGUUCCUCCAGGCAACUACAACUACCUGGAGUACAGAGACCGACUGGAGAACAGCGCAGUGAGACUGUUCGAGCUGUCGCACUGAAAGUGGGUUAACAUCACAUCCUGGAACUAGUCUAAAGAGCUCCUACUUUGCUCAUGAAGUCCUGACACUAUUACACACUUUAACACUUCUAAAACUGGCUGCUGUACAGACAGAAAAUAAAGUUUCUGAAAUGCU